CGAGCCCAACUCUCGUAUCAAAGAACAAUGUGGAACUGCUUGAAACCCAACAAAGUUGUAGCAGGCGGAGAGAUCCAGACGCCUACACCGGCAGAGUCAUCGCAGUCCGUGAGGCCGAAGGAAGGUCGGGACGGUGCCGUCGGUGCGAGGUUCAAGAGCGCCAACAAGACGGUGGUCGUCGAUGAAGAGAGCAAAGGUGACGCCGCCAAGUCCAGAUCCAAUGGGGUAGUGAGGUUGAAACUUGUGGUGACCCAACAAGAGUUGAAUCAACUUCUGAGUUACAAGAAAGAAUGCAAACACUUCUCGGCGGAACAGUUGCUAAAUUUGUUGAAGCUGAGAAGCAGAAGGAGGAUUGCCCUUGUCAGAGUCAGAGACGACGAUAACAGUGCUUGGAGGCCAAGUUUAGAAAGCAUCCCAGAGGAUCAUUUCUCUGUGUGAGAUAUCUUCUCACUUCUGGCUGACUACUGCUCUUGUAAUUGUAUAGAAAUUCCCAUUUAGUUCUGAUCAUUUCUUAAAUUUGUGUGACCUGGAUGGAUAGUUAAAGGUGAUUGGUCCUACUGCUCUUACUGUUUCGCUUU